GUCAUUCUUAAUUAUUUACAUUAUUCUGUGUCUUGUUCUUUUUAUUAAACGUUCUGAUAAUAGAUCAUGCUAUAUAGCGGUGGAUUUGAGGAUCUAUUCGUCUGUCGUGUUUUCAUAUAGAUCUGCAUCAUCUGAUGAUGUCAUGAUGACUCGGGACGUGCCAGAGGAUGCUGUGGGCAGACGAGUGAGCUGUGAUGGAGAGAGAGGGACAGUACGUUAUGUAGGGACAGUUCCUCCCACCGCAGGUUUGUGGUUGGGUGUGGAGUGGGACAAUCCAGAGAGAGGGAAACAUGAUGGAAGCCAUGAAGGAGUCCGAUACUUCACCUGCAGACACCCGACGGGCGGCUCGUUUGUUCGUCCCAAAAAGGCCAGUUUUGGCGUGGAUUACCUGACUGCCUUGAAGCAGCGUUAUGAGGUGGAACUAGAAGAAGCUAUUGGAGAAGAGUUUAAGUUCUGCACCAAAACUGUCAUGAUGGUCGGAUUUGAGGCCGUUAAGCAGAAACAGAGGGUGGAGAACCUGACAGAAAUCGCUCUGAGGAGUUGUGAGGUAUCUGGUCCGGGCCCGGAGAAUGAGAUUAGAAAGACCACACCAUUUGCUCAGUCUCUGGAUCUUUCUGGAAAUCUGUUGAGCUCGUGGGAGGUGCUGGCGGAGAUUACACAACAGUUGGAGUCGAUGCAGGUGCUGCAGCUCAGUUACAACAGGCUGAGUCUCUCCAGUGACCCCACUAGUUUAAGCCCCGCCUUCUCCCGUCUGAGGGUGCUGUCAGUCAAAAGCUGUGCGCUCACCUGGUCUCAGGUUCUUCAUUGCGCCCCCAUGUGGCAGCAGUUAGAAGAGCUUUAUCUUGCUGACAAUGACAUCACAGAAUUAGUGAGACCUGUAAGUGUGCUACAGACUCUAAAAGUUUUGGACUUGUCCAAUAAUCGGAUCGUUCAGGAGACGGCACUAGAAAUCUCACAUUUACCCAGGUUGGAGAACUUAAACUUGUCCUGUACGGGUGUGUCUGUUAUUCAGUUCAGUGAUGCUUCAGCAGGCAACAAGACGGCGCUGUUUCCUGCACUGAAGAAGCUUUUACUAGAUGACAACAACAUUUCAGAGUGGAGUGUAGUCAAUGAGUUGGAGAAGUUGAGCUGUUUGGUUCAGCUGUCCUGCAGAAGAAAUCCACUAUUACAGAAAGAGAAGAACUAUGAGACUGCUCGACAGCUUUUCAUCGCUCGGUUGAGUCAACUGGAACUACUCGACAUGAGACAGGUUCUGUCAGAUGAGAGGAGAGGAGCCGAGCUGGAUUACUGUAAGAUGUUUGGAUUGGCGUGGCUGCAGGCGGGUGGUCACUGUGACCCGGAGAAAAAUCACCCGAGCACAGAGUUUAACACAGAACACCCGAGAUACCUCGCCCUCAUACAGAAGUACGGUCCUCCAGACGAGAGCGAGUUGAGGGAACAGAAGCCGUUUGCAUUAAAAAAUCAAUUAUUAACCAUAACGUUUGUUUGUCCAGAUGACGCAGAGAGAAAACCCAUAGAGAAGAAACUGCCAGGGUCGAUGAUUGUACAGAAGGUGAAGGGGCUGUUGCACCGACUGCUCAAAUUACCAGGGGCGGAGUUAAAGCUCGCCUACACCUGUGCAAAGAUGGCCGACAGAGAGAUUGAGAUUGAUAACGAUCUAAAGCCGCUGCAGUUUUACUCUGUUGAAGAUGGUGACAGAAUCCUGGUGCGCUGGUCCUGAUCGCACAAAGACACCCUGAUGAGAGUUUGUCAACUCCUGCACGGACUAAUGCA